UCAGCUCCCAUCGCCCAAGCCAAGGAUCAUCGUCGACACAUCGUCUCCUCCCCUCCCCAAAACCAAGCCAGCCGUCGGGUGGAAGUUUCCAGAACCGCCCGCACACGCUCCCCUCUCUCUAAUACCUUCCUCCUCGCUGACGCCUCUCCAUCCCAGGUCGCAACCCUUAGUCUCUCCACCCAAGUCUUCUCUUGUCGGAGCCGUCGCCCUCCUCGCCGCCCCGCCGCCGCCCUCUGCUGGUGCCCGACCGCCGUUGAGUGGAGAUCCAUCUCCCGUCCGCACUCGGAUCGAUCUCUUUUCUCGUCGGUUCGGGUUUGUGUGCCGCCUGGUGCCCUGAUAAUCCAGUCUAAUCCAUUCAUCCGUGGUGCGAUCAGGUUGUUGCACAUCAGUGCUCUGGAUAAAUCUAGCCGGGGCUCGAGGAGGUCGCGUAGCAGGGAGCAGCUGGUUCAUAAGCUUCAGUGGGAAGGAACUAGAAGCCUACAGAAAAGAUGGCUGAUGAUGCUUCGCAUGGGGCCAGCAGUUCAACUGUGAAACCUGCUGAUGAUCCAGAGUCUACCAUUGAGAUCAACAUCAAGACCCUGGAUUCACAAGUCCACAAACUUCGUGUGAAGAAGAAUGUGCCUGUUUCGGUUCUAAAACAGAAGAUAGUUGAUACAACUGGGGUUCCUCUGGAUCAGCAGCGGUUGAUUUUUAGAGGAAGAGUCUUAAAGGAUGAUCACCUCCUAUCAGAAUACCAUUUGGAAGAUGGAUAUACAUUGCAUCUGGUUGCUCGGCGUGCAGCUGAAGCCCAGCAUUCUUCUGGGACUUCUGAAGGAAACACCCAUGCUAAUGUAAAUGUUGCUGGAAAUGGAGGGUUAUUGGACGAUAUUUCCAGGAGUGUUCGGGAUCUUCUUGGUUCCUUAGGUGUUGCGAUGUCUGGUGGUGUCACCAACACGGCAUUUUCGGUUCCUUUGGCUACUGCACCAGAAGGGGCCAAUAAUGUCCCUGGAGGAACUCAGCCAUUGAACCCAGCACAACCAGGAUUUUCGGUUCUGAACCAUCAAAUCCAUGUAACGCAACUUCAACCAGCAGGAGCUAUUCCUCGCAACAUGUUUAUUCCGGAUUCUCUGACGACUCUUUCGGAGUAUAUGGAGCGCAUGGACCAAGUAUUACAGAAUAAUGGUACUCCACCAUCCAGGGAUUCAGAAGGCCAGCAACGACCAGUGGCUGGUGAUGCUAAUCUAAACCCAAGAUUUCCAAGUCCUGAGGUUUUGGCUCAAGUUAUUGAAAGAGCCCAACAACUUCUUGGUGGCAGUGCAGCUCCUGCUCUUUCUCACGUUGUACAACGUAUUCGGAGCAAUGGUGGCACUGGGGAUUCAUCUAUUCGUCGUGAGAUCCAGAAUGAAUCGGUUCAGUUGGGAAUUGCAAUGCAACAUUUGGGUGCUAUGCUUUUCGAGCUUGGUCGGACAAUGAUGAUGCUUCGCACGGGGCCAUCUCCUUCUGAGGCUUUUGUAAAUGCUGGACCUGCUGUUUAUAUAAACUCCACAGGACCAAAUCCAAUCAUGGUUCAGCCAUCUUUUCAAAAUACUCCUCCUUUUGGAGUAUCCAACAUACCAGUUCUGGGUCGAGUUUCUGGUGCUUUUGGUAUUGUUAAUCCUUCUCGGUCAUCUGGUUUUGGAGAUCCUUUUCGAAACAUCAAUGUCCCUACUAGUGGUUCCUCUGCAGCAAGCGGUUCAUCUGCUGGUAUGGCCACCACUUCUAUUGGUAUGGUUGUCAACAGGGACCGCCAAGAUGCAGUAAGAACUCAAGGAGGUAACCCGUCUGGUAACUCAGCUGCAACACAUGGAUUGCCAACAAGAACAGUUGUUGCAGCUAUUCCAGCACAGUCCUCUGUCGAGGCUCCAAACCAUGUCCUAAGUGUUUUCCUGCCUGUUCAAGUGAGGGGUCAAGUUGCAGUGCCUAAUCAAUCAACCUCUUCUCAAGGUUCUCAGACCUCAGAGGGCAAUGGAUCUCAACAAAAUUCAACAUCUGCUGUUCCACAAGCUUCUGUAGGUGGUGUUGCUGGUAUUCCUUCUAUAGUGGCACAGGUGACUGCACAUGUAGCCAAUGCAUUGGCUGCGAAUGCGCCAGGCCAGGUUUCAUCAUCUGCACAGAACACAGCAGACCAGGGAUCUCACCCAACCACAGACAGCAGAGCUGGUGAGCUGAGUUCUUCAACAUCAACAACCACACAGCUGCACAAUGAGCCCUCAGGUUCAAAUCAUGGUCAAACUUCAUUAAAUGUGCAAUCUCAUGCGUCUGAACCAGGUACUUGUGGUUCCAAUUUGACAUCUCAAGGCAGCAAUACUGUAUAUGUUCCCAGUGUCAACAUUAUUCAACAGCAUCCACAAACGGAAGAUACCCAUGGAGAUAAUGUUAGAUUGUCUUGUGAGGAACUAGCAACAGCCAACUUAUCAGGAGACCCCACAGCCAUCUGUGCUCCUGAUAUUCCUUUGGGCGUAUCAGCUGAAAGUUCUGCACUGAAGAAUGAAUCCUCAGAUGGAGUGGGUUCACAGUCCCUUAAGUCUUCUGCAAGUGGCAGGUCCGAACCGUUAGGUCUUGGUGGAGGCCUGAUUCCGAAGCACUUUCAGAGACGGAGCAGAACAGCAAAGCCACCUGGGAGCACAACUGAUCCUGGUAGGGAUUCCUCUUCUGCUAGCCAAAACCAAGAUUCUGUUAUGCUGGCCCAGCAGUUUCUGCAAGGUUUCGCUUCACAGAAUACUAAUGCAAGCAGAGGCAACACCACCGACUCUGCCCCCCCUUCCUCUACGCCACAGCCUACUGGAGUGCCUCCGAGAAGACAGGGUGGUGAAGGACAACCUGAUGUCAGCAGCAUGAUAUCUGGGAUGCUCAACAACCCAGUUUUCGGCAACCUAUUGUCAAAUGUAGCUACACAAGCAGGGGGUUCGAGAGCUGAUUUGAGGAGCGUGAUGGAGGGAUUACAGAGCCCUGCUAUUGUAGAUACUAUAAGCAAUAUCAUGCAGAAUGUGGAUGAGCAAGACCUUGGGUCCAUGUUUGGUUCAGGGAGGGGGCAAAGUGGCAUGGACUUGUCUAGAAUGUUGCAGCAAAUGAUGCCGGUUGUAUCCCAAGUUCUUGGUGGAGCAGGGGCUCGUCCUGUUGGUGCAAAUAGUGGAGAAUCUAGAUCACCGCCGUGGCGCAAUGACAGUGUAGAAGGAAAUGAUUUAGAUGUCAGCUCUCAGAUUGAUCUUCAACAAGCUCGUCAACGCAUUGAACACCAUGAAUCUCCAGAGAAUAUCUUCAGUGCUGUCCUUGAAACUGCCGCUCAGGCUUAUGGCGAAGAUGACAGCAUUCAAGGCAUGCUUGAAGAGCUUGUCAGUGAUCCAGAGCUUACCAAUGACUACUUGAAACUUUUGGUCCAACAAGUUCGGCAGAGGAUACAAUCAGAGUCGCAGUCGAGGAGCCAGUCUUGAAGCAUAAUAGGAGAGGUGAUCCGGGAGAUAUGGGCCUCAAGGUCUCAAUUUAGAGUUUGACAUGGGGCCAGAAUUUUCCAGGACGCCCUGGCUAUUGCAGAUCAACUCCCAGAGCUGCUGUACCUUGAAAGCGUCUGUCUGCCUACUAGCACAUGCAACCACACGUCAGGCGAGGCAAAACUGUUAUGAACAGACACCCAUUUAAGUUAAAUAUGUGAUUAAUUAGUGAUUAAACUAUUAUUAGCAAUUAUAACAAUAGGACACCUAUUUGGGUGGAACUGCCACCGAUUGGACAUGUAUUUGUCCCUUACCAUGUAUGUAUUUGUGUAAACUCAUCAAUAAAAAAAAAGAGAUUUUCUGAUU